UUUCAAACCUGUCCGCCGUUUCGUUUCAACGACCUAGAACGGCUUGACUAGAAGCGGACAUUCCGUAUUUCGAUUGCCGUGGGUUGGUUGGACUGCAUACGUAUCCAGUUUUUCCGUAUAUAAGUCGUCUUCUGCUGUAUAAAAAAGCCCGAAAUCACUACCAGAAGCAUAAAUUUAGCAUUCUCUGUUUUGUAGUGUACAACUUGGCUAUGUUGUCACUUUGUAAUUUGAUCUGUGAUCCCAACAACUGUAGUAAACCUAAACGAAAUGUCAAGUCACAGUGCUUCAUGCUCAAGUGAAACUUCAGUCGACCUUAGCGAAGCCUUUCGAAUUAUGAUAUUGAACAAGCGUUUCGCGUGCUGGGAUGACUUUGAUAUCGCCUUAAAAGAGUUCCAAAAAACUACUUAUACUCGUUACAUUCACACGGAAAGCAGGUUGCUAAAGGAUGUCAGGUUUAAAUGCCUGUUUGUAACGUUUAAUUGUACGUUUGGUCAUAAGCGGAAAUCGGAAGGUUUGAAAGUGAAGCAAAAACCGUCCAAAUUCCGUAAUUGCCAAUCUAAAUUCCUUGUAAGACUAGAGGAGCAAGGAUAUGUCAUCAAAUCCUACAACAUGCUCCACAAUCAUCCAUGUAGUAGUUCAUGGAUGGUAUGUGAUCCAUGGACAAGGAGAUUAUCAUCAGAAGAAAAAGAGAACUUGAAGCCAGUAAUACUGCACUGUGAGUCAGCAGAUGAAGUUAUCGAAAGUAUUAAGGAGAGAACUGGUAAGCAAGUAACCGCUGCCGAUGUCAAAGGUAUGAAAGCUACACCCUCCACUGCAGGUAAUGCACAUGACGCGACAAAACGGUGAAGUUAGAGAGCAUGUAGAAAAUGGAUGUAUUACGGCAAUAUGCUUCAGCAGUUAUGACCAGAUACGGUUGUACAAUCAAUAUCCCGAAGUCGUGUGUAUUGAUUCUACGUAUAAAACUAAUAAUAAAAAGUGAAUAUGAUUUUCGUUUUGUUCUACUAUGUAGAUAUUCAUUAUUCCAGUUAGUUGUGACAGACAAUUGUGGUCGAGGACGAACUGUUAUGUUUGCGUGGACACGAAAAGAAAAGCGUGCCGAUGUGAUAUGGAUUUUAGAUAAAUUUAAAGAGAUAAUGGGUAACACAACAAUAACAGAAACAUUUGUGAUGA